GAUCAGUAAUUAACCGAAAACCAUAAUGAUCAUUGCCAACCCUCGGCACGCUUAAUAAUCACCGUAAAUAGAGCCUCUCUUUUCUUUUACAGCUUCAAAAACAAGAAAGAAGAACCCACUUUUACUCAUUAUCUGUCCUUUCAUCAAAUCGUCUCCACCCCACCAAAGAAGCAAUCAUUUUACUGCCAGUCUGCCACCCCAAUAUCCUUGAUCUCUUUCUUUUCUUGAAUACAUCCACUCUCCCUCCAUCUUCUUAAUUGAGUCAUGUGUCUCUUUGGUUUCUCUUGGUUCUGAGAGAUAUCAAAAGUACUUGAAAUUCGUGGAGCUAGGGAGAAUCUGAGUUCAUGGACGUGCGCGUUUUGUGGGUCGGCUUCUUUCUGUUCUGUGGCUUUUUGAUUGGUGGUUUCUGUGACCAAGAGGGUUUCUUGAGCUUAUCUUGCGGUGGAACUACCAGCUAUAUUGAUUCAUUGAACAUAUCAUGGGUCCCGGAUGGUGAAUAUGUAAGCACAGGCAAAAUCUCCUCCUCAUCCAGUGUCCCAAUCCGGGUUUUCCCAGAUUCCCAGGGUCGCAAGUGUUAUAGACUACCAGUAAACAAUGCUUCGUCUUUGGUGCUUGUAAGAGCCCAAUUUCUGUACCAAAACUAUGAUGGACUUGGGAAACCCCCUGCAUUCUCUGUUUCUCUUGGGACAGCCAUUACAAGCAAAAUAAACCUCAGUACUAACGAUCCAUGGACAGAAGAAUUUGUGUGGCCAGUUAAUAAGGAAACACUCUCCUUCUGUUUGCUUGCUGUUCAGGAUGGUGGAUCUCCUGUCAUUUCUUCGCUUGAAGUACGGCCACUUCCUCAAGGAGCUUAUGCAAGUGGCAUGGGAGAUUUCCCCAAUAAGUCACUUAGAAAGAGUUAUCGAAUCAAUUGUGGUUAUCCCAACGGCUCAUUGCGGUAUCCUUUGGAUCCAUAUGAUCGUAUAUGGGGUGCUGAUCAAAACUUUACGCCCUUUCACGUUUCUGCUGGGUUUAUGAUUCAACGAAGCUUCAAUCUGUCUGGUCUUAGAGAGGAUCCGCCUGCUCCUGUUCUUCACACUGCACGAGUUUUGGCACGACGGAAAGUGUUGACAUAUAACCUUCCUCUUGACACCCUUGGAGACUACUACAUUGUCCUCUAUUUUGCUGGGAUUGUUCCUGUGUCACCUUCAUUUGAUGUAGUAAUCAAUGGGGAUGUUGUACAGUCAAACUUCACUAUAAAACUGUCAGAGGUCAGUGCUCUGUACUUCACUCGGAAGGAAAUUAAGAGCUUGAACAUCACGCUAAAGAGUAUCAGUUACUAUCCUCAAGUCAAUGCUAUUGAGGUGUAUGAGAUAGUUGAUAUUCCACCGGAAGUUUCCUCAACAACAGUUUCGGCACUUCAGGUUAUUCAGCAGUCCACUGGUUUAGAUCUGGGAUGGCAAGAUGAUCCAUGCUCUCCUUCACCAUGGGAUCAUAUUGGCUGUGAAGGAAGCAUUGUUACAUCACUGGAGCUUUCAGAGAUCAAUCUGAGGUCAAUGAGUCCAACAUUUGGUGACUUGUUGGAUCUUAAAACACUGGAUUUGCAUAACACUUCGCUUACUGGUGAGAUACAGAAUUUGGGUAGCUUACAAGAACUUGAGAAAUUGAACCUGAGUUUCAAUCAGCUAACAUCCUUUGGUUUGGAGUUGGAGAACUUGGUUCGCCUUCAAAUUCUGGACUUGCAAAAUAAUAGUUUACAGGAUAUAGUUCCUGACAGCUUGGGAGAGUUGGUGGACCUUCACUUACUGAAUCUGGAAAACAACAAACUACAAGGUACCCUCCCACAGUCUUUGAAAAGAGAAAAUUUGGAAAUUAGAACUUCAGGGAAUUUGUGCCUUUCCUUCUCCACAAUGACAUGCAAUGACGUUUCAUCCAACCCUUCAAUUGAGACACCCCAAGUUACUAUAUUUCCCAAAAGGAAGCACACUGGACCUAAUCAUGUAGCAAUUAUAGCUGGUGCAGCUGCUGGAGCCAUACUUGCUCUUCUCUUCAUUUCUCUUAUAGUAUUCUUGUUUAUAAAGAAAAAGAGAACUGAAGUCACAUAUGUAUCAAGGGCAGCAACAGAGAUGCGAAACUGGAAUGCAGCUAAAGUAUUUUCCUACAAGGAAAUCAAAGGAGCUACAAACAACUUUAAGGAGGUUAUAGGACGUGGAAGUUUCGGAUCUGUUUACCUUGGAAAGCUUCCAGAUGGAAAAUUAGUAGCUGUGAAAGUCCGGUUUGAUAAAAGUCAACUUGGGGCUGAUUCUUUUAUCAAUGAGGUCUAUCUAUUGUCACGAAUUCGCCAUCAAAAUCUUGUAUGUUUGGAAGGAUUCUGUCAGGAAUCGAAGCAGCAAAUACUAGUGUAUGAGUAUCUACAUGGAGGAUCAUUGGCUGAUCAUCUGUAUGGUGCAAACAGCAAAAAAGCUUCAUUAAGCUGGAUUCGGAGACUGAAAAUUGCUGUCGAUGCUGCAAAAGGAUUGGACUAUUUACACAAUGGAAACGAACCACGAAUCAUACACCGUGAUGUGAAGUGCAGUAACAUCCUUUUGGACAUGGAAAUGAAUGCCAAGGUCUGUGACUUUGGCCUCUCUAAACAAAUAACUCAGGCAGAUGCAACUCAUGUGACGACUGUUGUCAAGGGCACCGCUGGGUAUCUAGAUCCUGAAUAUUAUUCCACCCAACAGCUGACCGAGAAAAGUGACGUUUACAGCUUUGGGGUUGUUCUUUUGGAGCUCAUUUGUGGGAGAGAACCAUUAAUUCACUCAGGAACUCCAGACUCAUUCAAUUUGGUAUUAUGGGCCAAGCCCUACCUACAGGCAGGCGCAUUUGAGAUUGUUGAUGAGAGCAUAGUGGGAACUUUUGACGUAGAGAGCAUGAGAAAGGCAGCCUUAAUUGCUGUGAGGUCAGUAGAGAGGGAUGCAUCACAAAGACCAACAAUUGCUGAAGUAUUGGCAGAGCUGAAAGAAGCCUACAGCAUUCAGCUAUCUUACCUUGCAUCUUGUGAACAUGUCAGCUGAUUUGUAUUCAAUACAAGUAUAAAGUAUUUUAUCCUAAAACCCUUUUUCUUUCAUGUUUUUUUUUUUUUCAUUUUUGGUGGAAUUUGUAAAUUUGAGUGGGGUCCUCUCAGAGUUGAAGUUCUAUAUUGCAUAAAAAAGGCUGAUAUAGGGGAAAUGUAUUAAGCUAUGCUAGGAUUAUCGCUUUUUGGGGGAAUAUUUAUAAGGAAAUGUUUAUCCAUUCUGAUAAUAGCACCAAUGAAGACAUUCUUUUUUUUUUUUAA